GGUGACUCUUCAUAAGGAACAACUUUUGUUUAUCAUUUUCUCUUAAUUAGUUGUGGAUUUAAUUUAAUUUUCUGUUAAUUGUUAACUUUUUUUCUUUCUUUUAAAUUAACUUUAAUUACUCACCUUUCCGGUGAUUCCAUUGAAAUAAGAUGACAUCUUUUAAUUGUUAUAAUUUUUUCACUUUUUCUAUUCUCUUUCUCUCCUGUUUGGUUUCAUUUGGUUUCUCUUUGUAUUCACCAUCUUCUUCUGUAGUUGAUUUGACACCUUCCACUUUUGAUGAGAAAGUUUUAGAUUCUAAGACUGUUUGGAUUGUUGAAUUUUAUGCUCCAUGGUGUGGACAUUGUAAAUCGUUUGCUGUUGAGUAUCAAAAGGCUGCCGAUGCAUUGAAAGGUAUUGUUAAAGUUGGUGCGGUUGAUGCUGAUGCUCAUGGUUCUUUGGGAUCUAAAUUUGGUAUAAGAGGUUUUCCUACGGUGAAAAUAUUUGUUCCUGGUAAAUCAUCACCUAUCGAUUAUCAGGGCCCUAGAACUGCCAAGGGUGUUGUUGAUGCAGCUUUUCGUGAGUUACGUAAAAUUGUCGAUGAUCGUGUUGAUGGUAGAGAAGGUAAAUCUAAAUCGUCUGGUGGAAAAAACAAUGUUAUUGAGGUAACUGAUUCCAAUUUCAAAGAGACAGUUCUCCAAAGUAAGGAACCUUUCUUGUUGGAAUUUUUUGCUCCUUGGUGUGGUCAUUGUAAAAAUUUGGAACCAAUUUGGAAACAAGUUGCCGAUGAAUUGGCUGAAGAUGAAGCUCCCGUUAAAAUUGGUGCACUUGAUGCUACCGUUCACACAAUAAGUGCCAAUGAAUAUGGAAUCAAAGGUUUUCCAACCAUUAAAUUAUUUAUCGAUGGUCAAGUAGAAGAUUAUGAAGGUGGUAGAAGUCGAACCGAUAUUCUUGAUUAUAUUAAAUCUAAAAUAGCUGAUCGAGUACCUCCACCAGAGAUUAAACAAAUUACCAGUGAGAAAACACUUACUGACAGUUGUGGUAAAGCUCAACUUUGUGUUAUCAGUUUCUUACCUCACAUUUUAGAUUGUGACUCUAAAUGUAGAAAUGAUUAUCUUGAAGUAUUGAAACAAAUCUCAGAGAAGCAUAAAAAAUAUGGUUACCUUUGGGCUGAAUCAGUGGCACAACCUAAAUUGGAGGAAUCACUUGGUGUUGGUGGUUUUGGUUAUCCAGCAAUGGUCGCGCUUAACAUUCGUAAAAUGAAAUACUCUACCCUCAGGGGAUCUUUCUCAGUUGAAGGUGUUCAUGAAUUUUUAAGAGACCUUAGCUAUGGAAAAGGAUCUUCAGUGCCCGUUCCAGGAGCCAAAUUACCAACUAUUGAUACAACCGACCCAUGGGAUGGUAAAGACGGUGAACUACCAACAAUUUCACCAUCAGAUGAGCUUUAAUAAGAUAUUACAUCUUUCCCCUUGCUAAUCUAAUGAUUUAGCAAAUUAAACGAAAUCUUCCUCUUCCUCUGAAAACUUUUACCCUAAACACUUAAUUGUAAACUAACUAGAAUCUUUUUCUAUAUAAUUGUUCAUUGUACACAAUCCACUUUUGUCUAAUCCGUUUAAACUAAUCAUCUGUUAAACUAUUUAUAAUCAAGGUGAUGGUAAGAGAGCGAAAACCAAUCGAUAUAAAAAGGAAACUCAAUCAAAAUCGUCAACUAAUUAACUUUCAACUCUAAAACAUUGUCACUUCUCCACCAGUUAAAAUCAACCAACUAAUUGUUCAAUCUUUUCCUUUUCAAACUCUCUCUCUUCUUUCCAGAGAAAUCUCUCCCUCCCUCUCUUACAUAUUUAAUUAACUCUCAUAAAAAGAACAAAAAAAUGUACAAACAA